AUGACGCCGUGCGUGCGCGACGGUGGCGGUGCGUGUGCGCAGAUGAACGAGUUCGGCGCGGGGUUCGCGGGCAUUCUGAGCCGCAAGGGGCGCGAGAACCCCACCUUCAACGACUGGAACGCCGUGCUUGUCGUCUACUGCGACGGCGGACUCUACGCCGGCUCGCGCGGCGCCUACACCGCCAACCUGACGAGACCGUUCUUCAUCGAAGGCCACGCCUCGCUCGCCAGCGUCAUUCACGACCUGCGGUUGCGCGGGCUGGGCUCGGCGCGCAAUGUGCUGUUCAGCGGUUGCUCCGCGGGCGCGCAGGCCGUGGCGAUGACGUGCGACGCCAUGGCGCGCGCGCUGCCGUCCGCCUCCGUCAAGUGCCUCAUGGACGCGGGAUUCUUCCUCGACACGCCGGACAUCCAGGGGCGGCUGACGUGGCGGCAGAGCGUGGAGCGGCUGUUCAAGUUCCACCGCAUGGGGUUCGGCAUUCCCCCCGCCUGCCGCCAAGCCCAUGCGAAGGAGCCAUGGAAGUGCCUACUCCCGCAGUACAACCUGCCCUUCCUGCGUACGCCCCUCAUGGUGGUCAACAGCCUGCAGGACGAGAUCGCCGUCAAGAUGACCUUCGCGCCGCCCCUCAUCAACGGCUCCGUGCGCAUCCAAAAGUGCAUGGACAACAGCCCGCUCUGCCCCGCACCCUACCGCACCGCACUCCACCUCUACCAGAGCCGGCUGGCGCGGACGGUGCUGGGGAUUCAGCGGGUGAAGCGGCAGCAGGGCGUGUGGUUCGAGUCGUUUCUGAUGAACUCUACAUCGCAUUGCUCUGCGGUGUAUGGGGAGUGGGUGGGCAAGGUGGACGUGCUGGGAAGGCAGCUGCCCAAGGUGGUGGAAGAUUGGUUCUUCCAUGGGCGGAGUGGCAAGGCUGGGGGGGCGGGUGGGUUGGUGGGGAGUGGUGGCGUGAAACGAGGGGGGAAUGGCACGGGGGCAGGUGGUGCAGGCGCGGGGGCGGGUGGUGUGGGGAAAGGUGGCACGGGGGCGGGUCAAAGGGGGAACAAAGGGGGGUGGGCGGGAGGGAGGCCUAUCCCCCGCCCACCGAAGGUCCCUGGCGUGCAAGCAGGCAGUGCAGGCGCGGGGAAGCUUCCCCCCAAGAGGGGGGCUGAUAAGAUGGGGGCGGGGGGAAGGCAGGGCGGAGAGAAGGGCGCGGGGGGAGCAGCAGGGAAGGGGCAGCAGCAUCAAGGGGCAGGAAAGAGCGCUGCGAAACGGCCAGGGACAGCUAUAGGGAGGGGGCCUGGAGUGGGGGCAGGAGCAGGGAAGGCACCGGGGGGUCAGGCAAAGGCACCGGGAGGGCAGAGAGGGGCAUUGUGGCCUGGUGUGAGGGGCGUUCGCGGCAAGGGGCGAGGUGGGCUGGCAGGGACGAGCAGUGAGGAGCAGAUGGGUGGACGGACGCAUAGAGGAAGGGGGGGGAAGAGUGGGAAGAGGAAGAAGGGGAAGGGCGGGAGGAGAGGAAGGAAGAGUGGGAAGAGGAGAGGAGGGAAGAGUGGGAGGAAAGGCGGAGGGAAGAGUGCGGGGAGGGGAGUAGGUAGCAAAGAGGGGGGAAGGCGGAGUGAGGUGCGUAACAGUGAAGCCAAAACGGUGACAGAGGAAUGA